CCCGACUGAAGCAGUACAAGAACUACGAGAACCUCUCUCGGCCGCGCCAGGACCUUGAAAAGGAGUGUUUGCCAGUAGAGAUGGGGAAGACCUUCUAUGACUUUCACUAUAAUACAAGGAUUGUGAAGUCCACAAUUGUGCAUUUCCAGGUAGAGAUUUUGUUCUUGCUUCUCUAAACUCUUUGGAAAUAGUUUUUCAAGAAAUUUGUUUGUGAGUUUGUUGGACGCCAGGACAUAAGAGUCUUUUGUUGUUGAGUUUGUUUAAGUUUUCUUUUCUCAAAACUUCAUCCAUAUGUGGUGUUGAAAUAUUUACAGAACUUUCAUCCACUGUGCAAUCAUAUGCAUAAUUUAGUCCGUUCGCUACUAUCAGUAUUCAUUGUUUCAUGUAGUUCAUUCCAUCUUCCAAAAGUUAUUGCUCGUCAAGAUAAUUUCCUCAUUUUUGUCACUGAAUAUAGAUGGCGUGUCAUGUGCAUAAAACUUAUGAUCCUUUUGAAUUUUAUGCCUUGUUGCUAGAUAUAAGCUUCUUCAAUAGCUGUAUUUUACUUUUAGUUAUAUGCAUAUCAUUAAUUCGUAGUUUUGCAGGUCUUACACAAAUAUGUUUUAUCCUUUAUGAAGGAUAUCUUAAUUUAUUUAUCCUCUAUGAAGGAUAUUUUAAUUUAUGAUUGUCGUUAUGUGCUCAACCAUUCACUGGAAGGUAUGGAUUACAUAUUGUAGAAUAACAGUUGAAUCAAUAACUAAUACUGUAGGCAAUAUGUCACCAUCUUGUUCACAAAUUUGCUGUGUUUUUUCCAUUUACGGUUGUCAUAGGUUCUUGUUAGGCAAAUACUAUAAUAGAAAUUAAGUUGUACAUACCGGUUUUACACGAGCUAGAAUAACAGCUGAAUCAAUAACUAACCCCUAAUUUCUGUAAGAUUAAGAGUAGUUGUGAACACUUGCACCUACAACUCGCAUACAAUUUGAGGCUUGUGUUUCAGAUUUAGCUAAACUAGGCCUCUUAAAUUGCUGGAUCUUACAUCGUUAACCACAGUUACACAUAAUCUUUCACAUAUUUUUGUAAUCGGUUCACUUUAAUUUUGUACCUUCUGAAUUUUCCUGUAUGCGAUUUCUUUUGCAUAUUAGUCGCAUUUUGAUUUAUGGUGGUACAUAUUUUGCUUCUGUUGACUGUUGAAUAUAUAUCACAUUAACCCAUCUGUUGCAUUUAGGACUGCUAUUUCUCUCUUUAUUUCAGCUUUUACAGCAGGGUGGACAUUAGAGCUGCUGGCGCGACGUUGUUAAUAUGCUGAGGAAUCUGUUAUGGGCCACAUCAAAGCACGAUGUAUACCUUAUGCAGAACUUUUCAGUAAUGCAUUGGUCUUCUUUACUCAGGAGAGGCAAAGAAGUACUGAACGUAGCGAAACCAGUUGUGCCUACUGAGAAAAGACCUGGGUUGUUGGUUUGUCCACUCUCUAGAGUGCAAAUAAGCACUAUGGCUGUGAAGGAAAAUUUAUUGGUUGCUGGGGGAUUCCAAGGUGAACUAAUCUGCAAGCACAUUAAUCAACCUGGAGUUGCUUUCUGCUCAAAAUUAACCACAGAUGAGAAUGCCAUCACAAAUGCAGUGGACAUUUUCCAAAACCCCACUGGUUCAAUGAGGGUAAUGACUGCAAACAAUGAUGCUCAAGUUAGAGUUUUUGAUGUCCAGAAUUUCACUUGCCUCAACUGCUUCUCGUUCGAUUGGUCCGUGAAUAACACCUCUGUUAGUCCGGAUGGUAAACUGGUUGCAGUACUCGGUGAUAGCACGGACUGCUUGAUUGGUGAUGCUCAGUCUGGAAAAGCUGUCGGAAGCCUCAAAGGUCAUUUGGACUAUUGCUUUUCCUCGGCGUGGCAUCCGAACGGACAAAUUUUGGCCACCGGGAAUCAAGACACCACUUGCAGGUUAUGGGACAUAAGGAACCUCUCACAGUCCGUAGCCGUGUUAAAGGGAAGAAUGGGAGCAAUACGAGCCAUAAAGUUCACUUCAGACGGUCGGUUCAUGGCCAUGGCUGAGCCGGCAGACUUUGUUCACAUCCUCGAUACGCAGUGUGGGUAUGUCAAGGAACAGGAGAUUGACCUGUUCGGUGAAAUCGCCGGAAUAUCCUUUAGCCCGGACACAGAAGCUCUGUUUGUUGGGAUCGCUGAUCGGACAUAUGGUAGCGUGUUGGAGUUCGACAAGAGGCAUCGUAACCAGUAUCUGGAAGCAGUCUUCUAGUAAGAGUGCCUCCAUGAAGUUGUUUCUUGAGCAAGCAGAAACGGAAUAAAAGUAACUUCCGGGUUUUGUAUAGCACAUUUCAAUCGCAAAAUGUGGAUUUAUAAACGGUUCCUAGUUUAGUCAAUCUUUCGUUCUUGCAA